GGAAGACAGCGCUUGGUCUGUGAUGCCAUUGAAAACCUACCUGUUCCAGUUCAGACCGGUAGGAGGAGCGUGACGAACAUCUCGUCGCCUUUUCUGACAUCAUCACCUGUAACUACAAAAUCUGCGGCCCGCCUCACAUCACCGGUACUACUGAACAUCAGCUGUGGUCCUAAGACCCCAGAUUUCUUGCUGUGUGCCUCUCUCGUCAAAUCCAUCAACACGAGCUUCCCCAGUAAGCGGUUUAGGCUGAGCAGCCCCCUACCUGGUUUGGACAGUACUGCAGCAAGCACAAUGGACUCCAUGGAGAUAGAUGAUGCCUUGUACAGUCGUCAGCGGUAUGUGCUGGGAGACAGUGCCAUGGUGCGGAUGGCCAGGUCCUCUGUGUUCCUCAGUGGCAUGGGAGGCCUGGGGGUGGAAGUUGCUAAGAACAUUGUGCUGGCUGGAAUCAAGAGCCUGACAGUCCAUGAUACCAAGACUGCCACAGUGUCAGAUCUGGGAACACAAUUCUUCCUCAGGGAUGACGAUGUUAAAGAGGGGAGGAACAGAGCUGAAGCCAGUGUAGGGAGGCUGGCUGAGUUGAACCCAUACGUGACAGUGAAGGCCUCAUCAGCACCUCUUGGGGAGGACACUGACCUGUCUUUCCUCAAGGAAUAUCAGUGUGUUGUGCUGACAGAAGCCAGUCUGAAGCUUCAGCUGAAGGUGGACACCUUCUGUCGCUCACAAGAUCCGCCUAUCAAGUUUGUGAGUGGGGAUGUGUAUGGGGUUUUCUGCUGCUGCUUCUGUGACUUUGGCGAUGAGUUUGAGGUGUGUGAUGCCACUGGGGAGGAACCAAAGGAGGUUUUCAUGGCCAAAGUGACCAAGGCCAGCCCCGGCGUGGUGACCUGUCUGGAGAACCGCAUGCACGGCUUCGAGACUGGCGACAUUGUGACCUUCAAGGAGGUCGUCGGGAUGGACGCUCUCAAUGGAACCAGUCACAAGAUCAACGUGAUAUCCCCCUACGCCUUCUCCAUCUGUGACACCACUGCUGAGAAAUACCAGCCUUACAAACAUGGCGGCAUCGCACGGCAGGUCAAAGUACCAACACUAAUCAACUUUGAGUCCCUUGAGAAACAGCUGACCAGUCCAAACCUCCUGACGGUCGACUUCGCCAAAAUGCAUGCCCCCUCCACUAUACACCUGGGCAUGUGGGCACUGCACAAGUUUCAGGAGGAAUACAGCAGACUUCCCAAACCUGGAAACUCAGAAGAUGCUGCCAAACUGGUGGAGCUUGCCCAAUCACUUAACAGCAAGAUGCAUGAAAAAGUUGACAAUGUGGACAGCAGACUGCUGACCUGGCUGUCCUACACAGCACAGGGCUGUUUUGCCCCCCUGACAGCAGCUAUGGGGGGGAUACUGGCACAGGAGGUCCUCAAGGCUCUAACUGGCAAAUUCACACCUCUCAAACAAUGGCUCUACAUGGAUUCAGUAGAGGUCUGUCAAGAGUUAGAGUCAAAGUUAGAAAGUUUACAGCCAAAGGGUGAUCGUAAUGAUGCUCUGAGGAUGUGUAUAGGAGAAGACCUACUUAAGAAGCUAGCUAGUUUAAAGUUGUUUAUGGUUGGCUGUGGUGCAAUAGGCUGUGAGAUGUUAAAGAACUAUGCCCUGAUGGGGGUAGCUUCAGCUGCAGAUGGAAUGAUCACCAUAACUGACAAUGAUUUGAUUGAAAAGUCCAACCUGAACAGACAGUUUCUCUUCAGACCACACCAUAUACGGCAACCCAAGAGCACCACAGCUGCGGCCUCUGCUUUAGAGAUUAACCCAGAUCUACACGUCAACCCACAUCAACAUAAAGUUUGUCCUGACACAGAGGAGAAAUUGUACAAUGACACGUUCUUUGAGAGCCAGGACCUGUGUGUCAACGCUCUGGACAAUGUGGAGGCAAGAAGAUACAUGGACAGUCGAUGUGUGAGUAACCAGCGUGCUCUGCUGGAGUCAGGCACCAUGGGACCAAAGGGCCAUGUACAGACCAUCGUACCACAUCUCACUGAGUCCUACGGCAGCCAGAGAGAUCCCGUUGACCAUGAUGUCCCCUACUGUACCCUGAAGUCGUUCCCUGCAGUUAUAGAACACACCAUCCAGUGGGCCAGGGACAAGUUUGAAAGCAUGUACAGCCAGAAGCCUUCCUUAUACAACAAGUUCUGGUCAACCAACGGCUCUCCAGCAGAAAUCCUGCAGACCUUGAAGGGAGGGGCACAGUUAGACGGAGCCGUGCAGUCUGUGAAACUACUGAAGAAUAGACCCUACAGAUGGGCAGACUGUGUUGCACUGGCAAGAGUCAAGUUUGAAAAAUAUUUUAAUCACAAGGCAAAGCAACUCCUCUACACAUUCCCUCUAGACACAGCCAUGAAAGAUGGAACCCUUUUCUGGCAGUCUCCUAAACGGCCACCCAAACCAGUUGAUUUCAACCAGGAGGAUGACCUACACAUUCUGUUUGUCCUGAGUUGUUCACGGCUGCUGGCAGGCCUGUGCAAUAUUCCAGUCACUGAUGAGGACUUGACCAAGGCUGCAUUGUUGGAGCUUCUACCCACCAUAAAAGUACCAGAGUUCAGACCAAAAUCAAAGACAAUAGAGACUGAUGAGUCAGCCAAGAAGCCUGAGCAGGAGGAGUUCUCUGGGGAUGAGGUGGAGAGGAGUGUGCACAUUCUGGAGCAGCUCCUGCAGGAGAGGGACCUCAACUCAAAUACCCUUCAGAUGGUCCCUGCUGUGUUUGAGAAAGACGAUGACAGUAACGGGCACAUUGACUUCAUCACAGCCUGCUCCAACCUGCGUGCCAGAAUGUACAGUAUUGAGGAGGCAGACCGGUUGAAGACCAAGCGUAUCGCCGGCCGGAUAGUACCAGCCAUCGCCACCACAACUGCUGCUGUCGCGGGAUUGGUUUCCAUAGAACUGGUGAAGGUGGUGCUGGGUUCCCCACUAGAACACUACAGGAACUGUUUCCUGAACCUGGCCCUGCCUGUCAUGGUCUUCUCUGAACCUGCUCCGCCUGAGAAGUCUGUCAUCAGGGAAGGCCUAUCAGUAACCCUGUGGGACAAGUGGGAUGUCCAUGGCAACAAGGACUUCACCCUGAAACAGUUCCUCGCAUACUUUAAGGAGAAACAUGGUUUUGAGGCCACCAUGGUUGUGUAUGGAGUAAAGAUGGUGUAUGUUCCCAUCAUGCCAGGUCACAAGAAAAGACUACCACAGACAAUGGUAAAGCUGAUCAAACCUGGUGCUGAAAAGAAAUAUGUGGACCUGACCGUUUCCUUUGAGGGAGAAGACGGAGAAGACAUCCCUGGCCCACCUGUGCGCUACUUCUUCCAUCUUUAAGAUGGCCUUCUUAUCUACAACCCUUAAGUCACUCAGUGUCUCUGGGAGAUUCUUAGACACUGUGGGGUUACCAUAAUGUUGGAUUUCAAUUGCUAAAGAACACUCAAAUGAACCCGCCACACAAGUCUGAUGUUAUCUUCUGGAGUACCUACUUAUAUAUGUGCUAGUUCAGAAACAUGUGAAGGAAAUGUCCUGUUACUCCAAUAAUCAGGGUACCUUUUCUUGUGAAAGUUUGUCUGAAUGUACUCAGAUGAACUUUCAUGCUGAUGAUACAUGUAUUUUGGAACAGACUAUUAGAAAAAAGUUAGGUUUUCUUUUUUGUCAGUGUCUUCUUGGUUACUAUUUAUUAGUUAUGGUUUUAUAAUUUUGUCUGAUUGUGUAACAAAAAUAUUAUAUGAAUAUUGCAAACACAAGAUGUGAGCUAGCUGUACUUGAAUGUGGUGAGAAGAAGCCUUGUCUUUUGGGAUGCAGUUAACUGUGUCAAGAACAGCACUGCAUAUAAGAUAUACAUUCAUCAAAAUAGUGAGUCAAUGAAUCAAACUUCUCUGAAAAAGUAUUAAUUCUCUAAAAUAUAUUCUUUAAAUAAAUAUAGUCUUUUGUUGUGCAGCUUGUCCUAGUUUUGCUUCUUUGUAAGCUUUUAUCAGCAACUUUUGUAAAAGUUAGAAUUUUGAACAUAUGCCAGCCUUCAUUUUUUUUCAAACAAGCUUCUUAUUUUGUUAGUCAAUUAUACGACAUUUAAAUCAAUGCACUUUUAGCCAGUUAAAUUUGUCACUGCAGUAAAUAUAUGUACGGAAAUCAGGAAAGUAAUUGAGUAAGCAACAAUAUGAGCACAUAGCUGAUACUAUCAUUUCUAACUGGAAGUUAGAAGGAAAUUUCUUUUGUUGUGUUGUGACAUGGACUUUCUAACUGUUGUAACACAGAAAAGGCAAAGGUUUUGUGGCACUGAUUAUAGUGUAGAGGGUGGCAUGAGAUGCUCAAGAGAUAAACACCACAACCAUGUUCAUGACAUUGUCAAAGAGAUACAAUAUUUAA